CGUUUCAGUAUCCACUGAACAGCGGUACGGGUCACGUCAGGCGCGCUCCCGACCCUUGCGACUCUGCCGAGCUUUUUUCAGCCGACUGAAACGACCGCAGGAAUAUUCGAAUCGACUACACCACGUACACGGGAUUGGGGAACUUUUCCUGAAAAUUCAGCUGAAAACUGGUGCAGUUGCUGUCGCUGCUUGGACAGUGCUUUCUCGACUUUUAUUUUGGAUGUUCGGUGUUGAUUAUUAAGUGUUUGUGUGAUGGUUUCUUAAGGAAUUUAACGUUCUGUGCGAUGUGGAAUUAAGCAUUUUUACUGUGAUAUUUUUUUGGUGAAUUGUCCUUCGGUGCCUGCUGGAUUUAUUUACUUAACUGUGCUUUUGUAUGUGUGCCAGUUUAUUAUUGGAAUUUGACAAUAAAACAGUCUUGAAUUCGAACAUAAAUGGUCACAAUAUUCUACAAGUUGGAAUGAUCCCGAUGCGGAAGAGGCUCUCCUUGUAAAAACAGCCGAUCUCUCUCAUCAUGGUUAUGGUGAUCCACCAUUAUUAAUUCUUCCCUUUGGACUAUUAUAGACAAAUCCAAACAAGCCAACAACAGUAUGACCUCCUCGUACAAAUUCCUGCUCCUACUCUUGCGGAUAGGAGUCGCAGUGCUGGCCGCCUCGGACACGUACCGUGAGCAGAAGUUCGCCAUGGAGCCGCAGGAUCAGACCGCCGUGGUGGGCUCCAGGGUGACGUUGCCCUGUCGGGUCAUCGGCAAAAGUGGCAUCCUGCAAUGGACGAAGGACGACUUCGGUCUGGGUACCCACAGGAAUCUCAGCGGGUUUGAGCGGUACUCCAUGGUGGGAAGCGACGAAGAAGGCGAUUAUUCGCUGGACAUUUACCCGGUGAUGUUGGACGACGACGCCCGGUAUCAGUGUCAGGUUUCACCCGGUCCGGCGGGACAGCCGGGCAUCAGGAGCAAUUUCGCCACCCUCACCGUCUUGGUGCCCCCGGACCCGCCCAAAAUCGUCCAGGGCGACUACUUGGUCACCACCGAGGACAGGGAAAUUGAGCUAGAGUGCAUCAGCUACGGGGGCAAGCCUGAGUCGGAGAUCACCUGGAUAGACGGUCUAGGAAACGUGUUGACUGAAGGCAUCGAGACCAUCAAGGACAAACUCUCGGAUAACAGAAGAUACACAGCCAAGUCCAUUUUGAAACUGACCCCCCGAAAAUUACACCACAACACGACGUUCACUUGCCAAGCUCAGAAUCGAGCUGAGAGGACUCAUCGUACUGCCAAACUGAGAUUAGAGGUGAAGUACGCACCGAAAGUGACGGUGACAAUCCUCUCCGGCGUAGGAAGCAACGGACGCAUCCCUGAAGGUGCUGAUGUCCGUUUGGGCUGUCAGGCGGACGCCAAUCCUUCCGACGUCACCUAUAGAUGGUUCCUCAACGACGAGCCACUGAUAGGCGACUACACCACCCAACUCAUCCUGCACAACGUCACCAGGAAGCACCACGACGCCAUCGUCAAGUGCGAAGUCCACAACGCCGUCGGCAAGAGCGAGGAGAGCGAAACUCUGGACAUAAGCUAUGGACCACAGUUUAGGUCUAAACCUAAAUCCAUCCAGGCUGACCUGGGAUCGAGCGUGACUUUGACCUGCGACGUGGACGGCAACCCCUACCCGGACAUUUCCUGGUACCACGAAGAUAAAAAGAAACUCGUCAGCACGAGCCCCAACCUAACGUUGAGGGUCGACCACGACUCAGCCGGGCGGUACUACUGCAAGGCGCACGUACCGGGAUUCCCCGAAAUCGGGGCCGAAGCCGCCAUAUACCUAAAAGGACCUCCUUCGAUAGUAAGCCACCGCACCCAGUUCGGCAUCGAAGGCGACAACGUGCGGGUCGAGUGCACCGCCUUCUCGAUCCCCGCCCCCGAACGGGUGAUCUGGACGUUCAACGGCAGAGAGGUCGACAUCCACGACCAGGACUACUCGAUCAUGGAGGAUCCGCUACCUGAAGGCAUCAAGUCGACGCUAAUCAUCCGGGAAUCCCAGGAGAGACACUUCGGCAUGUACAACUGCAGUGUGACCAAUCCCUACGGAAGCGACGUGGUGGAGAUCAAUCUCAUGCCUCAGAAGAGUUUUCCCAUGUUGAUUAUUGUAAUUGGGGUAAUUGGUGCUAUUAUCAUCCUCAUCAUUGUCAUAAUGAUCAUUUUCCUGUGUCAAAGACAAAGUAACAAGAAGGCACCGCCACCAGAAACGGAUGCCAACACAAUUGAGAAGCAAUGCAAGGAAUCAGACCGCAGCUCAAAUAUUUCAGACUUGAAACUGGACCUGCGAACGGGUUCCUCCAACAGCAACGUACACUGUGACAUGGACUACAUUCCAGGGGCUGAAUCCGAAACCGGAAGCGAGUCCGUGAUCACCAGAAUCGGAGUACCACUUGCCGGUCCUGUUAAUCUAGGUGGCCAAGAUGUGUAUAGGUACUCCGCCGAUUAUACCGAACCCAGCUUUCCACCAAAGGACGGUCAGAACAACAACGGCUACGUCCCCUACGUGGACUACUCCCGCGACUACAACCCGCCGGUGAUGCAGCCCCCGAUCUCGUCCUCCCUGGACCCGACGCGAGAGAGCCUCCAGUCGACGAGGCUGCAGCUGAACUCGCUCCAGUCGCACCAGAUCCCGGUGAGCGGCGCGUCGCUGCCGCUCAACGACCUGAACGACCUGCACCACGUGCCGAACGGCAACAUCGGCGGCAUCGACCCGCGGUUCAGCGCCACGUACGGGAACCCCUAUCUGCGGAACCCGAACGUCGGUCUGCCGACGCCCAACACGGCGAACCCGGCGGCCACGCCGGCGCCGCCGCCCUACUCGCGGGAGAACUCGCGGCUCGCGAACUCCAGUGCCAUGAUCACGGCCAGUGCGAACGUGAUAAAUACGGUGGUGGCGAACGGUGCCAACGGUUCAGUGCCGCAGGUCACGAGACUGCCCAACUCCCCGACAAGUCAAUACAUCAUCCCCAACUCGAACAUGGCGACGAUAAAGCGGGGCACGAUGGCGACGCAUGUAUAAUGCAUCGUCGGUGCCUAGUGGGACUUUUAUGAAAUACUAAAGUGAAUUUAUACGAGAAGACUGAGUAAUAUAUCAAUCGAAAUAAUUGACGUUGGUUCAAUUUUUUUUCGUAGUUUCGCGAUACGCCGAAGAACAGUCCUGUUGUACAGUUUACUAGACAAUUAAAUUAAUUGACCGAAUUAUUGAUUAAAAAUUAAUCACGCGGUACAGUUCAGUACUACAGUCACAUAUUUUACCGUUUUUUCUGUUUUUAAUAAAACUUAUUUCCUGAACCAUCUAAGACCUAAAUUCUUUGUCAUUUCACCUAAGUCUAAAUAAAAUGUUAUUCAACUUUAAAUUGACAAUCACAAUAUUUUUCAAACUAUAUGAGAAUGUGUAAACUGUUUUUGUCAUUACAGUUCAAGAUUUCACUGUUUAAUAAACUGUUUAUUGAAUUACCAAAAAAGAAAAUGAAUAAACAAAAUAGAAUCUUGAAUAUUGAUUGUGUAAAUAUGUCCUAGAUAGUAUUAAAAAUGCUGAAACAAAUUGACUGCUAUAGUUGGGUGAUACGCAUAAUAGUAAAAUAUGUAACUGAAUUUCCAAAUAAAUUAGUGUACAUAUCAUAAAAAAAAUAAAAUCAUCAUGGUGUCGAUUAAAUUAUAAUGUCAAUUCUUUAUUAUCAUAUCUAAAUUAAAGGCAAAUUGAAUCUAUUGAAUAUUUAUUUGUCUAGGAAAUAAUAUUCGUUUUCGUUGUUGUUAUCGGAGCGAAUCUUGUACUAACAACAAUUACUUCUAUGAGCUUCCAAAAUAUAAUAUAAUCCUUUGUUCGUUUAUCCAUUCCACAAGGUACUAUAACACUAUUAAUGUUUUGCGGCGUGUUCGCGGUUGUGUUUUUGGACACGCUACAAAACUCCAAUCAUAUCCUAAAUCAUUAGUUUAUUUUGGAGGUAAAAUUGUUAAAUAAAAAACUAAUAAAAGAAAAUUCUUGUUAUAAAUUUAAAGUAUAUACCAAAGAUAUUUUUUGUAUAGUGAAAACUAAUAAAAAUGUAUAUUUUUGAAAUAAUUUCAAUCAACGAUGCAUAUAAAAUUGGCCUACAGUAGAACUUGUUGAAUAUUACUGUUUUUAAGUGCAAUUUCGUAUUCUUUUCUUUGUACUUAAAAAGUGUAGCAAUUUUUGCUUUAAUAUUUGCUCAUAUCUAUCUAGUAUAUUGUUUUAUUUUUUUUUUUUUGUAUAAUUUGUAUAUUGUAUUAUAUUUUUGUUUUAUCGUGUACAUUUAUUUUAUUUUAUUAUUAUAUGUAUAGAAUAUAUACAAUAAUAUUCGUCAAUUAUGUUAUAACAAUGAAUUCUGUACCAUAUAUCGAGUUAUUUUAUAUUAUUUUAUACAAAAAGUGUAGUUUGUAUGGAUGUUUUGUUAUACACAGAAAUAGUAAUUUUAGCUCAACUUGUACAUAUGAAAAUAUCUUGCGAAGUUUUCUAUACUUUUAGAAAAUACUGUUAUUACUGUGUAUAAGGAUUUUUUUAAGUCUUGACGAAUAGCAAUAUUUAUAAAACUUUGUGAUUGUAAAAUAAACAUGCCUAUAUAAAAAUUA